GUGGCGAUCGCGCCUCCCUCUCCUCUGUCAAGCUUCGCUUCGUUUCAACUCGCGAUCUCCCUUAUGAGUGUGACUUCACGAGCAAGCUGAAGCGCGCGAUUUCGAAUUAUUCUAUUGAUGUCAACGCGCCAUUCGCCGCGAUUAAGAGCGCGAACCGAGUGCGACGGAGUGGCAGUGGUGAAAACGUGCGAGCGAGGAGUAUAUUUCUUUUCGAAAGGCGCGCGCGAAACUUUUUCGCAACCUCUUCCGGCGCGAGUAGAAAUGCGCUUCAAAUCGGCGCGGCAAUUUAUGCGAGACGGCGUGCAACUUUGACGCGAGGUUUGUGCAAAUCAUGCCUAUUAACAACCGCUGAAACAAAGCUGCGACAAUUAUGCGCGCAGCUGCAAAGGCGUUUAGACGUCUCGAGCCGAGGCCUCGUCGAUGUGUCCUUUGUAGUCGUCGGUGUGUGCUAGUCACUUCCAACCGAAUAAAAUUAAUAUAAGACGCGGGGCCCCUUUAUGAAUCGCGAAAAGCUCGACAGCGCUUGAAUGACUGCACGUUUCGACGCCGAAUGCCGUUUCAACGCCGUUCGAUUUCAAGGUGCGAUCAUACACGCGCAGGAGAGUAAUUUUGCGGAGAUUAGAUUUUAUCAGUAGGAUCGCGAAAAAUCCACGCCACGUCUCAUCGUUCAUUCAUUCAACGCGCGGCGGGAUUAAUUUCAUGCCGCACUGAUCGUCGACGGAACGAAACUCCGGGGGGCUCUCGGCCAGUGCUGAGCAUUAAUCGAUGAAAAUGUUAUAUAUUCAGUGAUACACUUUGUUCGAUUUCCUCUGACUAAAAUAAUUGGCAAAUCAAUAAGUUGCUCGAUUGAGAGAGGAAAAGUGCCGAAAAAAUAAAAAAAUAUUUAUUCACUGGAUAAUCACAAGUAAUCAUUAAUGAAUCAUUGAAUCAAUGAGAUUAAUCAAUGCAUAAUCAUUUACAUCACAGCUUAAUUAAUUUCAUUGGUCGACGAAAUUACUUGUGAUUUUAUACACGACGAUUAAUUAAUUUCAAUGAGCGGUUUGCUGAUUAUUUUAGUCAGAGAAAAUUUUCAUCACAUCAGAGUUCAAUUAAUAAUUAAUUUCAUCAAUUGACGAAAUUUUUGGUAAUUCUAUUUACGACGUUUCAUUAAUCUUGACGAUUAAUUUACUUCAGUCAAGGAAAAUUUUCACAUCAAAGUUUGAUUAAUUUCAUCAAUCGACGAGGUUAUUUCUAGUUUUAUGCACGAGGAUUGAUGAAUUUUGAUGUUUGAUAUCGAUUAUUUGGUCAAAGAACAUUUGAAUAAAUUGCCCAACACUCGCUCGGAGAGGUCGUAUCGACGAGAGGCGCCAUCGCGCUCGACGUUGUUGCAGUCGGCGCUCAAGCACGAUUGAAUAUCGCCACGCGCUCGCGCGCGAGGAACGAACUGCUCGGCAGCAGAUAUUAUAAAUACGUGUUAUCGUGCGUCGGCGUACUAUUUUAAUGCGUUAUCUCCGUCCACGUCCGCCGCGGAACCGCCGCAAACACCGCCCGCCCGCUCGCUCGGUUUCUGCGCGUCUGUUCGGCGGACUGUGGACGCCCCGGGCAUGUAUCUUCACUUCGAGCGACCCAACAAUAUAAACCGCGUGCGUUUUCCUUCGCCGAAAGAGGGUCGUGCGUGACGACGUGCACCGUGCACGUCCUCGUAUCGCGCAACCCCCCGCCGCGUUGCUACGCACUGCUUCGAAUUACGUAAAAUAAAAAUUGCAUGCACUGUUUUGUAAGCAAAUUUUUAAUCCGAGGAGAGGAGAGAGAAAGAGAUACGCACGGGACCCGAUAAACAACCGAGGGGCGUCGAUAUUCUCGCGUGUGUGCGCGAGGAAUAUUUCCAAAUCGCGGAGCUCUCAUUCAGAUACGAUAUGUGGUGUACCACGAAACAAAUGCGUUAUUUAAUUUGUACCUUUGAGACAUCGUGCCUCUUUCUCAUCGAAGGUGCGAAACACAAGCAAUUGCUCCAUCAAUAUUUCUCUAUUGCAGAACUAAUAUUGUAUAUUACGUGCACGUAUAUAUACGAGACGAAUGUGCUCUUUCAUUCCGAGUGGGAGAGAUUCUAGUUUUCUAAAUUUAGUUCUAGUUCGAAACUCUCUCUCUCUCUCUCUCUCGCGACGUUUGUGCUGCAGUCUCAAAUAUUGACCGAAUAAAUAUUUUCUCACGUUCGGCGCGAUAAUGCGGUUUCCCGCGCCGCCACGGAAUGGCCUGUCCGAGUGGCGCAAUAAACCGAAACAUCAUACGCAACGUAUGAACGAAAGUAUCGCUAUUUUUGCCGGCGCGUGUAAAAGACGCGCUUGUUGACGAACCCCUACCACAGAGACGCGAGACGCGUGUGUGUAGGUGCUCGAGAUACGCGCAGUUCGGUGAAGCCGCGUGCACGCAUCAUUCUCCUGUUUUCACGUGAUAAUUGUGACUCGGCAUGUAGCUGCUUUGCGCCGACUAUGUCGAAGGGCCCGAUAGGGGGAUGAUAAGACGAAUUACGGAGAGAUUGCGCAUAACGAAAACACAUGAUACCCGACCGCGAGUGUUUCCCGUCUUACGCGUCGUGCGCGCGCGAAUGUUGAAGCUCGAACUCAUCAAAAGUCCGAAAAUCCGUCGAAUUUUCACGCGAAAACCUGAGCUCGCUGAAAAUCCCAUCGACAACUUGGAAAAUUAGUAGAAAAUCUUGAGAUAUAGUGUGUGCGAGCUGUUAAGGUUAGAAAUGGCCACUACUGUUUUAUUGAGACUUGAAGACUCAUUGAAGAAUCAUUUAUUAUUCGACUGCCUCAAUAGUCUACAUUUAAUUUUUAUUUUUAAUUUCAACAAACAAAUACUAAUUAGAUAACUCACUCAACUGCGGAUAGAAUAGUGAGACAAGCGAACAUUAAAUAAUCUGAUAAAAAACGAACGAAUAAAAGAGGAAAUAAAACAACAAAUGUUCUUCCUUCGUAAUCGUUCUGUUAUCAUUUUCUAUUGGCAUUGAGAAAUUUCGAUAGGGUUAGAAGAUUUAACAGAAAAAGCGAAGGGAAAUGUUUGAAAGUCUCGUCGCUGACUGCCGCUACAUCCUUCGUCCUGGAGCCGGUUCAUGGCCGUCAUCGUGGCCAAACAUCCAGUGGUCUCACUGGUAAAAAGACGGGUCAAUUGAAAACAACAACAAUUAAUUAUUGCUCGUUAAUUAACGGCGAUUAAAUGUUAAAUGCCACGAGCGGCAUUCUCGAUACGUGUCAUGCGCGCUGCUGUCCGGAUAAUUUCAUAAUUCGACCAUUUCGAAGCUCCGAAAUAUUUUUGGGAUGUCGAUUGUCGUGAUUUCUCGGCCACCAAAUAUGCUCGUCACUGAUCGACGACGACGAAGACGACGGUCCGCGAUUGUAAUUGCGUCCUUUCCAAAUCGUUUUGAUGCUCUCGCGCGCGCCGCGUACUUUUCCGUAAACGUUUUAUUAUGCGCCGGACGGACGGACAUUUAACGCGACGCGGGUUGUAUCGGUGCGUUGUUUACUGUUCCCGUUCGGGUGAUAAAAAUAUUUCGUCGGUCAUUGAAAUAUUUAAUCAGACUCUCGUCGACAUCGUGUCAAUUAAGACGUGUUUCUCCGGUCGAAUUGUGUCUACGUGAAUGCCAGUGAAUGCCCAGUGAGUGCCUUGCGCGACGAAGUAGCCCAGGGAGCAGGAUGCUAAAUUGGAAAGCCAGGGACGAAGGACGCAGAACGCGGGCAGCGAUACGUCAUACAUCUCCAGGUAAGCGGGAGGGAGGCGCUGCUGACCGGUGGCGGCGGCGGCCAUGCGCCCCGGCCCGCCAGUACAGCCGAGCCACCGCAGGCCUCCCCGUCGCCAGCAUCCGCACCAGCAGCAGCUCCAUCAGGAGCGCGACCGACAGCGGCAGCGGCAGCAUCGGCUGCACCUGCCGCGCGCCAACGGCGGUAGCCCGCGCGCCCUCCUGGUGCUGCUGCUACUGGCCAGCAGCCCCUUGGUCCAGGCCGUGCCGCCGGGAUUACCCGCGGCCCAGCAGCGGGCGUUCACCGGUCACUAUCAAACGGGACUGACGGCCCGGUUGAACGCGACCGAGCCGAAGAAACAGAACUUGACUAUCGGCUACCUCACUGCCAUCAAAGGUGGCCUCAAGGACCGGCAGGGCCUUGCCAUCUCCGGCGCUCUGUCCAUGGCUCUCGACGAGAUCAACAACAGUACGGACAUUCUGCCGAACGUGACGCUGCUGAUGCGAUGGAACGACACGAGGGGAGAGACCGUCGAAGCUACCAGGGCAAUGGUCGACAUGAUCUGUGACGGGGUCGUGGCCUUCUUCGGACCGGAAGGCUCCUGCUACGUCGAGGCCAUAGUCGCUCAGUCCCGCAACAUACCUAUGAUCAGUUACAAAUGUUCCGACUACAAGGCUUCGAACGUAAACACCUUCGCGAGGACCGAGCCGCCGGACACGCAGGUGACCAAGUCAGUGAUCGCCCUGCUGCUGCACUACGGAUGGAACAAAUUCUCGAUCGUGGCCGAGAUGGCCUGGUCUACGGUCGCCCGUUCCCUGGAGUACCAGGCGCACGAGAACAACCUCACCGUAAACCACCACAGGCUCGUCGAGGACCGGCACACGUGUUGCGAAGAGAGGCUGCCUUGCUGCGAAGUCCCCGUAUGGUUCCAACUAAUACAGGAGACCAAAAAUAAGACCCGCAUUUACAUCUUCCUGGGUACGGCAAUGUCACUGAUAGAUAUGAUGAAUUCGAUGCAAAACCAAAAGCUGCUGGACAACGGGGAGUACAUGGUGAUACACGUGGAUAUGAUGACGUAUUCGCCGCGCGAAGCGCAGAAAUACUUGUGGAAACCUGAACACUUCAGUAUUCUGAAAAAUUGUCUCGAGCCAAAGAACUUCCUGCAAAAGGCACGCUCGUUGAUGGUGGUCGUGUCAUCGCCGCCGACGCAAGUUUAUGAGGACUUCACGAAGAAGGUCCGCGACUACAAUUCGAAGAAGCCAUUCAACUUCACGACUCCUGAGCUCCUGAAAAAGUUCGAGAAGUACGUGUCCAUUCACGCGGCGUAUCUGUACGAUUCCGUCAAACUGUACGCGAGAGCUUUGCAUCAAUUGUUGGAGGAUCAACCGAAUCAAACGCUGAUGGAGGUCGCCAGUAACGGCUCUCGGAUAAUCGAAACGAUUAUCAAGAAUCAUACAUAUCAAAGUGUGAGUGGCGCGACCAUCAAGCUGGACCAAUUCGGCGACUCGGAGGGUAACUUCUCGGUACUCGCUCUAAAGAAAGAGCCUUUUAAACUCAGCAACUUUACCUGCGACUACCAGAUGAAGCCCGUGGGCCAGUUCCAGCAGGGUGAAACUCUAGUGUACAGACCAUCGGGAGCUAUGGAUUGGCCCGGUAAGAAUAAGCCGGAGGCGGAACCCGGCUGCGGUUUCUUCAAUGAGCACUGUCCGAAGAAAGACACGCAUCAUCACAGCAUCAUCGCCGCCGGUGUGCUGGGUGUUUUGGUGAUAUGCGCUACGGCGAUCACUAUCAGCAUUUAUCGAAAGUGGAAGAUAGAGCAGGAGAUAGAGGGAUUGCUCUGGAGGAUCGACUUGAGCGAGAUACACAGUCCGCAUCUCGACAACAUGAUGUCCUCCCCUAGUAAGUUAAGUUUAGUUAGUGCAAUGUCCUACGAGUCAAAAUGCGGCGGCCAAGUGUUCGCGCAGACCGGCCAUUAUCGCGGCGUAGUGGUGCGAAUAAAGGAGCUGAAGUUCUCGAAGAAAAAAGACAUUUCACGGGACGAUAUGAAGGAAUUGCGCAUUCUCCGUGAAAUUAGACACGAUAAUCUCAACUCUUUCAUCGGAGCAUGCGUGGAGCCGAUGAGGAUAUUGUUACUUACCGAGUAUUGUGCCAAAGGAAGUCUUUAUGACAUUAUCGAAAACGAAGAUAUCAAGUUAGAUAAUAUGUUCAUUACGUCGUUAGUUCACGAUCUCAUUAAGGGUAUGCUGUACAUUCACGAUUCACCUGUGCUAGUCUGUCAUGGUAAUCUGAAGUCUUCCAAUUGCGUCGUGACCUCACGUUGGGUACUCCAAGUCUCCGAUUUCGGUCUUCACGAUAUGCGUCACUGCGCCGAAUCCGGCAGCAUCGGUGAACAUCAGUAUUAUCAAAACUUGCUUUGGAAGGCUCCCGAGCUAUUGAGAGAACCAAAUAACGCGAUUAGGGGCACGCAGAAAGGAGACGUUUACUCUUUCGCUAUCAUUCUCUUCGAAAUGAUCGGGCGAAAGGGACCGUACGGUAUCACUAUGGACCCCAAAGACAUCAUAGAACGAGUGAAGAACUACAACCCAAAGGAAAGGGAAGAAGACAAGAAGAAACUGCCGUUCAGGCCUGACAUAGACGUGCUUACCAAGUCUAAAGCGGAUUGCGCCGAAUACGUGGUCAAUACUAUUACAGACUGCUGGGACGAAGAUCCAAACGUUAGGCCAGACUUCAAGGUGAUAAGGACCCGACUAAUGGCAAUGAAGGCUGGAACGAAUCAAAAUAUAAUGGAUCAAAUGAUGCACAUGAUGGAAACAUACGCGAACAACCUCGAAGAUCUAGUCAGUGAGCGUACGCGCCUUCUUUUCGAGGAAAAGCAGAAAACCGAGGACCUGCUGCAUAGAAUGUUACCUAAGCCCGUCGCGAAUCGUCUAACAAACGGUAUCGGAGUAGAGCCCGAGGCCUUUGAUCUGGUCACUAUAUACUUCAGCGAUAUCGUCGGCUUCACGGCGAUGUCGGCGGAGAGCACGCCGUUUGAGGUUGUAAAUUUCUUGAAUGAUCUGUAUACCUUGUUCGAUCGUAUAAUCAAAGGAUACGACGUGUACAAAGUGGAAACGAUCGGAGACGCCUACAUGGUCGUUUCCGGUCUUCCGAUAAAAAAUGGAGAUAGGCAUGCCGGCGAGAUAGCAUCAAUGUCGUUGGAAUUACUUAACGCUGUUAAACAGCACACCAUAGCUCAUCGACCUCAUGAAACUCUCAAGCUACGUAUCGGUAUUCAUACGGGUCCUGUAGUAGCUGGCGUUGUCGGUCUAACGAUGCCCAGGUAUUGCCUGUUUGGGGACACGGUAAAUACCGCGUCUCGCAUGGAAUCCAACGGAGAACCGUUACGAAUACAUAUCAGUAAGCAAUGCAAGAAUGCUCUCGACAAGAUUGGAGGGUAUGUUGUCGAAGAGCGUGGCUUUAUACACAUGAAAGGCAAAGGAGAAGUAAAGACGUAUUGGCUCAUAGGAGCCACUGAAAAAGCCAUUCAAAAACGAGAGGUUGAUGUAGGUGAUCUUCCACCUCUGUUCUGUACACCGCGAAGAAGACAGUCGAAUGUACCGCGUUUAUUAGCAGACGACUCGUCGUCCCAAUGCGGAGGGUCCAGUCCAGUUCCGCGCUCGUUCCAUGCACCCAAGUUCGAAGGAUCUCGCCUGUCUCUAGCUAAGAGCGUCUCCAAGACCACGAUAGAUAAUGUCCCGAUUAUGGAGGAAGCGCAGGAACGCGCCAUCGAGAUAAAGAUGGCCUUCGAGGAUUUCCUUGCGGACACAGGACCGAAGUUCAGAAAAAAUGCGCGUCUGUCUACCAUCGCAUCCUCGUCAUCGACGAGUGACUAUCCGUCUCAGCUUGUCAUUCGCGAAUCUCGCUCAUUGGAUCCGUUCCCCUGCGACAUAUACAACAAACAUUUCGAGUCGCCGAGCCUCUCCUGGAAGGAGCCGAAGAAGAUCUUCUGUUCGUUAGAGAAUUGUGUCAAGUUCACGCGGAUCAAUUCGAAAACAGACAUAACCGAGAAAUUACUGGAUAAUAAUCAUCCUAACGGUAAUGUGAUAAUUGUGCCUCACUCCGGUAACUCUCCGAACGAAGCAGAGAUGCCGUUAUUAGGUGACGACAGCGGCUGCAUGGGUGAAGUAGUACCGAUCAAGCGCUGGCGCUCGCUGGAUCAGGAGAUAUCCGGGCCUAGCACGGACAGUGUACCUGAUAAAAAGUCUUCCGCGCGAAAUUCAAUUAGAAGUUGGCUAGUUAAUCUGUUCAAUGGUACUGGAUUGCGCAGUAGCGAAGUCUAUUUAGGAAAAGGGAUGGAACGGUACGAGAUGCAACCCGAACGCGAAAGUAUAGUCUAG